GGCACUACAGUUUUCUGAAAACGUCUCUAUAAGGCGACUGUCCCAACCCUGUAUCAUCCUAUGUUUAUCUAAAAUAUUUUGAGAUUUGUAUGUAUACUAAAAUAUUUUUAUUAUACAUACAUACAUUAAUCGAACUUAGUUCGACCGUCGACGCUUUUGACGAAUGACGAUAUUGGAUUUAUUUCAUCAUGCUGCAUACAAUAAUUAUUGAUUGCUUUCGAGCAAAUUUACAGUUACAACAAAGAAGGUUAGGUCAUAGGUUAAGAGGAAAGGCUCCCAUACUUUGUAGAACAAUAAAAGAUCGAUUGGAAGAACUGAAUUAUAAAGAUGAAUUAUAUACAGCGAAAGUUGACAUCGGAUUUCCAGCGGACAGAAGGACAAGUGUCAAACAGGAGCAACUUGAACAUUUAAAAAGAAUAAAAAAUGAUAAGCAGAUGGAGAAAUUAGCACGAAACUAUCAAUUAGAAAUUGAUUUACAGGAGGCAAAGAAAGUAUGGCUAGAAACUCUAGGUCCAUACCACAAAAAGCAAAUAGCUGAUCACUAUAGUAUAUAUGAACACCUAUAUGGAGAGGGCUAUUUUGUACCAUUUAUAAAUAUAGAAGUGACUUAUGAUUUGAAAAAUGGAACAUGUUUACCUGUUUAUACUGGAAAUGUAAUUAAACCCUCGGAAGCUUUAGAACAACCAGAAGUUUUAUUUAAAUCAGAUGGGAGUUCGUUAUGGACUCUAGUAUUGUCAAGUUUAGAUGGACACAUGCAGGACAGCUCUAAGGAAUAUGCACAUUGGAUUGUAGCUAACAUUCCAGGCAAUGCAAUUGAAAAGGGUGAUACUAUUGUGGAGUAUAUACAGCCUUUACCAUUAAAAGGCACAGGCUAUCAUAGAUAUGUUUUUGUAUUGUAUAAACAAAAUGACAGAAUAUUAUUUGAUAUACCAGAAGUAACAUCACCAGCACAGCUUGAAGCAAGGACUUUUGUUACAAGAGAUUGGUAUAAAAAAUAUCAAGACAUUGUCACACCAGCAGGUUUAGCAUUCUAUCAAACAAUUUGGGAUUCAUCUGUUAAAGACUUCUUUCAUGAUAUUUUAAAACAAAAGGAGCCAAUUUAUGAGUAUGACUUUCCUGAACCUUACAUUCGGCCGCAAGAAUGGUUCCCACUCAGGAAACCUUUCAACUUAUACAUGGACAAGUACAGAGAUCCUAAACAGGUGAAGAAAGAAUAUCUUGUACGAAAGCUUAAAAAUGAAGAUCCGUUCAAGUCGCCCGACCCUCCAUUGAGGUUCCCUAACGCUCAUCCGUUACCGCACAGUAUGCCGUCGUGGUUGAAGCUUCAUGAAAAGAAGAUUAGAUUAGGAUGGGGAAGAGUGAAUGAUGUUUGAAAUAGGAAAAUAUAUAUUAUAUAAUAUGUAUCUUGUAAUGACAUAA